UUCGUUUAGCUUCAUUGAACUUUAUCGCAGUUCCAUUCGAAUAGCAAUACUUGCAUCAUACACCCAUCUUUUAUUUUGGUUCGAAAUGAUGUGGCAAGACAAUUUUAUGCCAAAAUAAAAUAAAAGAAAUAUUUAUGCAAAAUACUGAGCUGCCAUUAAAUGCAACAUCAUGGCGCGCAGUCGCACCUUUUUUGUAUGCUAAAUAGGUUUGCUCACAGGCGAACGUAUAUGAUUUCCGACUACAACACCUUCAAAAGUCAGACAAAAUGGUUUAAAUUUGUAGGGAAAUUACAAUUUCUUAAGUUCAAAUUAAAUUAGGGAAACAAAAAUUGGAAAGCUGAAGCAUAUUAAAAUAAAACAUAUACAUAUCUACUUAAUUAACUACCCAGUUAUACAUACAUCACUUAACUACAGUUCCUAGGCUUAUAUACUAAUCACAACAGUUUAAAAAAGACUUAUGCAAGCGUUUACGUUUUCAAAAUACUGUAAACAAACCCCAACUAAACCGCAUUUCACUUUCAAUUGUUCACAGAACAUCUCUGGUCAGGUGGUGCUCAUCACAGGCGGCGGCGGUGGCGUUGGUCGCUUGAUAGCCCUAAACUUUGCACGACUACAGGCCCGCAUUGUCAUCUGGGAUAUCAAUCAAGAAGCCAUCAAGACAACCGUGGAUCUGUUGGCCAAGCAUGGCUAUGACAACUGCAAGGGCUAUGUGGUGGACAUCUCGGAUCGGGAGCAGGUUUAUCAGCGAGCCAACCAGGUGACAGCAGAUGUGGGCGCCGUGGAUAUACUGAUCAACAAUGCGGGCAUUGUUUGCUGCAAGCCCUUCUGGGAGCUGCACGACCGAGUGAUCCAGAAUACGUACAACAUCAACAUCAUCUCGCAUUACUGGACGGUGAAGGCUUUCCUGCCCCACAUGAUGCGAAAUAAUCGCGGUCACAUAGUCACCGUGGGUUCAGUGACGGGAAUGCUAGGCACUUAUGGUUGCAGCGACUAUGCAGCCACCAAAUAUGCUUGCAUUGGCUUUCAUGAGAGCUUGUUAACGGAUUUAAAGGCUCAUGGCUAUGAUCAAAUCCAGAUGAGUCUGAUCUGUCCGUAUUACAUCAACACGGGCAUGUUUUCCGGGGUUCGUCCGCGCAUGAUGCCCAUGCUGGAGCCUCAGUAUGUGGCGGAUCGUAUCGAGAAUGCUGUUCGCUGCAACGAGGUGUGGUGCGUCUUGCCCAACUCCAUACGCCUGCUGACGCCCCUUAAAUGUCUUUUGCCUGCCAAAAUGUGCUGGGAGCUAAUGUCGCGCGUUAUUCGCGGUCCGGAGUCUAUGAUGUUGUUCCAGGGACGUGGUCGCGUUGCUGCUGGCUAGAUCUGCAG